AUGAAGGCGGUUGCGUGUUUACGUUUGGUACACAUUGCAGGGGGAGGUGGGGUGAUGGCGGCCUUAAUUGGUCCGGAUGGGGCGAUGUCACCCAUCAGUGGUUGUGUGGCCAAAAUGGCCGUAGUGUCAGACGGGACGCAUGCCGCUCAAGUUCUGGUCUUGGCCCCCCCGAAGGAGCUUCUGGCCUCCGACAUGACCGACUACGAUUGGCCAAGGAGGUGGAACCGCCUUCGCGUUUACUAUGGACCGGACGAGUCCGCCGAGCGAGCGAACACUUCUGAACGCGUCGAGCGGACGCUGGCUCAAGGUUUGAUUGAGCACGUGAGGGGCGCCAGGCCGUCAGUCGUCACUGCGAUCUUGAAGGAAGCAUUUGGCAAGAAGCUGGCUGUGUGGCAUGAGAUUCAAAAAACCAGAAGGAUGGACGCCGAGGCGGUUAACAAGCUGGAGGUCUUAGAAGUAAGAGACUUAGAAGACGAAGAACGAGAGCGACUAUUAACAAUGGUCCCGGAAGCGUGGAAGGCCGUUGUGGGAGGUUCGAGGAACAUGAUUGAUAAUGACGUCGAGGAUCAGCAGAGUACCCUCGCGGAUGCCAGGAGCCUUUGGAAGGAACCGACAUUCGCCGCGGGUCUCUGUCUUGGAGCUAUUGUGAGCGGAGUGUGUACAGCAGGGUUGUUCUUCCACUUGUAUGGCCUGCCGGAGUCCUGCCACGUAUUGGAGCCAUCCAUCAAGCCGCCUAACUCUAGCAUCACAAGGCAUAACUCUGUGGACAUUUGCAAGGAGGCAACUUGCAAACUCCGUUGGCCGAACAUCGACGAUGUAACGACGUUGAUUUCUGAGUCGGAGUUGGCUGCACUGAGAGUGCCGAUGGACGUUUGUAAGAAGGCUUAUAAGUUUGUAGAGGGGUGGAGUCCGUCAAGCAACAAGCUCGAACCAAGGAAGCUGGUGACCGAGGAUGGUCGGAGCAACACGAUCUUGACAACGAAGAUGAUGCCAGCAACGACUGAUGGUUGGCGCAAGUUGAACUGGGGCAGGUGCUUCGAGGGCGGUGGCAAGGUUGUUUGCUCUAACGAAAACGACAAACUUGCAGCCUGCUAUAACUUCGGUUACCCCUUUAGGUAUGAUUGUCCGAUUAUGUGGGAGGCUGUUGCCCACUAUGUGAAGCCGUACCAAUGCUCUCUCCAGUGCAAUAGCCCAGAGAUACUCAGAUUUAAUGUGUCAGAAUCAGAAGAGUUGAGGCUUUCUCGUCUUGCGACGGAGGUCGCGGGCUCGAUUCCCGGAAUUGACGCGCACGGCCUAAGCCAUGAGCAAUUGCAAAAACUAGGACGUAAAGUUGGAGAGUUGAUAGCAGUAAAUGAGACCUGUAGUCCUUGGGUAAGUCGGCCGGCACCAUACCGAGCGUAUGUUGCAUUACCGGGUUGUGGCUGCACCAGCGCUGAGUUCAGCUGCAUGGUCAACACUCCAUCUUACGGACAGAUAUAUUGGGGCUCUAUCGUUGACAUGUACACCCAGGAAGAGAUGCUCGCACAGUAUUACACCCCGUUCAAAAGAGCAGAUCAUGUGGUUACGGACUGUGGAUUCAAAUGCUUCCAACCCGUUAGCGACAUGACAGAGCAACUUCUCGAGUAUUGGAAAGACAAUGGCUUGCCGUAA